AUUAGUCAGUCAUUAACACAAUUUAAACACAACAUCCCCCAUCACUGCUCUUUAUUUUUCAACAUAUCUUCCGUGCAGACAGUGUGUCAGUCAGACCUGCUAUCUAUGACCAUGGCGAGGACGCCUUUCCUCUGCUUUGCCUUGAUUUCACUCUGGGCUGCUUUUGCUGUCUGUACGUCAGUUUUCUACAGCAGUCCGAAAGCAAACAUGCUCCUGCGCUCCAGGCGCGCUAACAGCUUCCUGGAGGAACUCAAGGCCCCGUCUUUGGAGCGGGAAUGUAUUGAGGAGCGGUGUGACUUCGAAGAGGCGAAAGAGAUUUACCGGUCCAAAGAGUCCACGUUAAAGUUCUGGGCCUUUUAUGAAGAUAGCACACACACCAACUGCUCAGCUGACAACGGAGGCUGCGAUCACAACUGCCACGAGCGGAAAGACAAGACAGGACGCUACUGUAGCUGCAUUAACGGAUACACACUCCAUGAAGACUUCAAACAGUGUGUUCCUAAAAAUCAGCAGUCUUGCGGGCAGAUUUUGAUCGCUAAGUCGUCCUACAAAACAAAGCCUGAUGAAGGUCUACGACCUUGGCUUGUUGGUGGUGAAGUUGGCAAAAGGGGAGAGAGUCCCUGGCAGGCUCUUAUUUUGAAUUCCAAAGGACAUUUUCACUGUGGCGGCGUCUUGCUCGAUGAACUCUGGGUUCUCACUGCCGCUCACUGUCUUGAGGGAUUCAGUCGCUUCAGUGUCAGACUGGGUGACUACAAGCGUUUCGAGUUUGAAAAUUCCGAGGUCACCCGUCCUGUGGUAAAAUCUGUCCCCCACCCAAAUUACAACAGCCUGAGGGCAGACAACGACAUCGCGCUUCUGCGUUUGGACUCACCCAUAACGUUCAGCACGUUUAUCGUCCCUGCCUGCCUCCCGAGUCAAGACCUGGCCUCCCGAGUGCUCCACCUGAAUGGCACCAUGACGGUGGUGACGGGUUGGGGCUCAGAAAAGGAAGGGGUGGCUCCGCACAGCUCGCCUCUUAAACACAUCAACGUGCCGAUUGUGGAGGCAUCAGAGUGCUCACGCUACAUGGUCAACAACCUAACACAGAACGUGCUGUGCGCCGGGAGCAUCGGGAGCGUCAAGGACGCCUGCACCGGUGACAGCGGCGGCCCCAUGAUGACGCUGUACCGCAACACAUGGUUCCUCGUCGGCCUGGUGUCCUGGGGCGAGGGCUGCGGCCACAUGGACAAACUGGGAAUCUACACCAAAGUCUCCAAUUAUAUGGAGUGGAUUGAUAGCGUGAAGAAGCAGCUGUGAUCGAAUCUCAUUGAUCCGGUUCGUUCCAGAUUUUAGUUUGCUCAACAACAAAAAAAUAACCUAUUUAAUCUCAUAUCUUGUGUUUUUCCGCAAAGUUAAUUAUGUAACGCACUAUUAAUCACGAAAGCCCUUUCAACGUAUGAUGACCAUAGAUUACUGGAGAAAUAUAAUCUGCUACUGAUUACAGAAAUUAUAAAUGUAUUAAACAAUGCUGUGGUUCCUUCUCAUAAUCAUGACUACGCCCUCGUCCCUUUGAGCGUCGCUACAACAAAUAAAAUAAUAGCGCAUUCUGGUCCCUCGUAUACCAAAGCAAAGCCUCUUAUACCCAAUGCAAUCAUUCUUAUUAGAUUGAAACAUGACACGUCAUAUAUGUGAUCAUUUUAUAAGCAGGUUUAUUAAAUGUUUGGAGCUCUACACACGUCUGCUAUGGGCAAUCGUUCCUCUUUAAAAAACCGAGUUCUGCCCAGGGUUCAUCUUGUUUCAGAAGGGACCACAGCCGCAGUUUGCCUCCAAAGACAGAAAUUUUUGUAUAUAAGAAUUUAUGAUGCAGACCAAUGAUGCCUAGAUAGAUAAAAGAUUUGUUUUCAAUGAUGCAAAAAUAUAUAACAACAAUGGAAAACAAAUAAAUGGUUAAACUAGAGAAAUGCAGAUUUUAGUCUUUAGGCUGAUUUGCUGUCUACCCAAGAAUGGUGAUAUACAGUAUAUACAUGAUGUUAAAUGCGUUCAAAUGCUUUUAAUAGCUUUAAAUCAGAUGUUCAUGCACCUGCAGAAUAAUCUCCUACUGUUUAAAUAAAAGUACAAAGAUUAUGACACAAGAAUA